UUAUGAAAACAAUUUACUAUAUAUAUGUAUGCCUGCAUGCAUGUAUGUAUCUUCCAUUCCACAUACGCAUCAAAUUAAGAAAUCAUCAAUACUAUGGCAACUUUGAAAAUCUUCUUCUUUGUCCUUUUGAUCCAAUGCACUAUAUUCACUGGCUCUUCUCGUCAGUUGAAGAAGAGCAACAUAAAUAUUGAUAGCUAUGGUGACAAUACAGCCAAUGUCAUUAGCUUUGGAGCUAUUGGAGAUGGAAAGAAGGAUGAUUCUAAGGGGUUUAAGCGUGCAUGGGAUGCUUGCGAUUCAUCAACUCCGUCACCAACCUUUCUUGUACCUCAAGGGAAGACGUUUCUGCUGCAACCUUUAACUUUCAACGGCAAACAUUGCAACUCUAAUAACAUUACUUUCCAGAUUGAUGGGAGAAUCAUAGCCCCAACCAAACCUUCUACAUGGGAAUGCAAUACAAAUUGUCACCAUUGGAUUGGCUUUAUGAAUUUCGAUGGUCUCCACAUUCAAGGAUCUGGUACCAUCAAUGGCCAGGGAGAUAAUUGGUGGAAACUUUCUUGCAAAGAUAACCAAAAGUCGUGCCAACUUCGGAAACCAACGGGUUUUAUGAUAGGACACUCCAAGAAUGUAGAUAUCAAAGGUUUAACCUUUGAAGACAGUCCCAAAAUGCACAUUGCAUUUGAAGACUCUACUUCGAUUCAUGCCACACAACUUACAAUCAAAGCUCCUGGAAACAGCCCCAACACUGAUGGCAUUCACAUCCAACGUUCCACCAAUGUCUCUAUCCACAAUACAACCAUUCAAACCGGUGAUGAUUGUAUAUCAAUUGGAGACGGCUCUAAAUAUAUCAAUAUUACUAACAUCGAAUGUGGUCCGGGUCAUGAAAUAAGCAUUGGGAGCCUUGGAAUUAUGGGGAAAACUGAGAAAGUUGAAUUUGUUCAUGUAAGAAAUGUUUCUUUCCAUGGAACAACUAAUGGAGUUAGAAUCAAAACUUGGCAGGGAGGACAUGGUCAUGCGAGGAACAUUAGAUUUGAAGAUAUAACUUCUCAUGCUUCAACUCGACCUAUUGUUAUCGAUCAAUAUUAUUGUCCUCAUAAACAAUGCAAAAAUCAAACAUCAGCUCUAGAAAUUAGCAAUAUAGCUUAUGAAAACAUCAAUGGCACAUCACAGAAAGAAACAGCAGUACAACUUUCAUGUAGUGAAUUCAAUCCUUGUAGAAACAUUACCAUGAAAAACAUUAACUUGAGAAAUAAGAAGCAAAAAGGCAAAACUUCAUCGUAUUGCCUCAAUGCUCAUGGCUUGAGAAAUGGAAAGUGCACUAUAUUCACUAGCUCUUCUCGUCAGUUGAAGAAGAGCAACAUAAAUAUUGAUAGCUAUGGUGACAAUACAUUCAAUGUCAUUAGCUUUGGAGCUAUUGGAGAUGGAAAGAAGGAUGAUUCUAAGGGGUUUAAGCGUGCAUGGGAUGCUGCUUGCGAUUCAUCAACUCCGUCACCAACCUUUCUUGUACCUCAAGGGAAGACGUUUCUGCUGCAACCUUUAACUUUCAACGGCAAACAUUGCAACUCUAAUAACAUUACUUUCCAGAUUGAUGGGAGAAUCAUAGCCCCAACCAAACCUUCUGCAUGGGAAUGCAAUACAAAUUGUCACCAUUGGAUUGGCUUUAAGAAUUUCGAUGGUCUCCAUAUUCAAGGAUCUGGUACCAUCAAUGGCCAGGGAGAUAAUUGGUGGAAACUUUCUUGCAAAGAUAACCAAAAGACGUGCCAACUUCGGAAACCAACGGGUUUUAUGAUAGGACACUCCAAGAAUGUAGAUAUCAAAGGUUUAACCUUUGAAGACAGUCCCAAAAUGCACAUUGCAUUUGAAGACUCUACUUCAAUUCAUGCCACUCAACUUACAAUCAAAGCUCCGGGAAACAGCCCCAACACUGAUGGCAUUCACAUCCAACGUUCCACCAAUGUCUCUAUCCACAAUACAACCAUUCAAACCGGUUUCUUUCUUUCUUCCUUUGCUGGUGAUGAUUGUAUAUCAAUUGGAGAUGGCUCUAAAUAUAUUAAUAUCACUAACAUCGAAUGCAGUCCGGGUCACGGAAUAAGCAUUGGGAGCCUUGGAAUUAUGGGGAAAACUGAGGAAGUUGAAUUUGUUCAUGGAGGACAUGGUCAUGCAAGGAACAUUAGAUUUGAAGAUAUAACUUCUCAUGCUUCAACUCGACCUAUUGUUACCGAUCAAUAUUAUUGCCCUCAUAAACAAUGCAAGAAUCAAACAUCAGCUGUAAAGAUUAACAAUAUAGAUUAUGAAAACAUCAAUGGCACAUCACAUAAAGAAACAGCAGUGCAGCUUUCUUGCAAUGAAUCCAGACCUUGUAGAAACAUUACUGUCGAAACCAUUUUUUUGAAAAAACAGGGAUCUACUUUGGUGACAGUGAAGGCGAUGGGACGGGGCCUUGGAGGCACUGACAAUGCACAUGGGAGGGUAGGAGGAGCGGCGCCUAACCUUUCAGAAACCCUAGGAUUUCUGAUUAGGUUUAGGUUCUUGGGCCUUUGGGCCCCAUAA